CCAGGGCGUGUGGUAGGCGGUGCCAAGGGCCUUGUUUUUUCAGUCUUCUAGAGCUGAGACGGCCACCCACAGAGACCUUCCAGGACAGACUGUGCUCCCUGCCAGCACAGAGGAUGCACCCCUCUGACUACCUCCUGCUCCUCCUGGCCGGACUCCUGGCCCUUUCUCCUGGUCAGCCGCACCCUGAGUGUGAUGCCGACGGUCGCACCAACAGCUCCUGUCAGCAGGCUCCCGGGGUGAGGGAGGGCUCCCCUAGCCUCAAGAUCGCCCCUGGCAACACCGACUUCGCCCUCCGCCUCUACCACCUGAUGGCUUCCGAAGCCCCCAGGGAGAACAUCGUCUUCUCCCCGCUGAGCAUCUCUGCCGCCCUGGCCAUGCUCUCCCUGGCGGCUGACUCGCACCUCCAGGCUCAGAUCCUCCAGGACCUGGGCUUCAACCUCACAGAGAUGUCCGAGUCUGAUGUGCACCGUGGCUUCCAGCACUUGCUGCAGACUCUCAGGCUCCCGGGCAGCGGGCUAGAAACCCACGUGGGCAGCGCCCUGUUCCUGAGCCAAGACCUGCCGCCCCUUCCGAAACUGCUCAAUGACACCAUGGCCUUCUAUGGGUCCAAACUCUUCCACACCAGCUUCCGCAGCAGCGUGGGUGCGGUCCAGCUUAUCAAUGAGCACGUCCAGAGGGAAACUCGAGGGAAGAUUGUCAACCUGGUCAGCAGUCUCAGCGCGGACACCGAGUCAGUGCUGGUGAACUACAUUUACUUCAAAGCCCUGUGGAAGAAGCCGUUCAAGCGCUCGAGGACCACUCCCGAGGACUUCCACGUGGACGAGCACACAGUCGUCAGGGUACCCAUGAUGCUGCAGGACCAGGCACACCACUGGUACCUCCACGACAGGUACCUGCCCUGCUCGGUGCUGCGGCUGGACUACACCGGGGACGCCAUGGCGCUGCUCAUCCUUCCUAACCGCGGCAAGAUGCAGCAGAUCGAGCAGGUGCUGACCCCGGAGAUGCUGAUGAGGUGGACCAGCCUGCUGCAGAAGGGGUAUUUCUACAGGAAGCUCGAGCUGCACUUCCCCAAGUUUGCCAUUUCUGGUUCCUAUGAGUUAGAUCUGAUUCUGCCCAAGCUGGGCUUCACAGACCUGUUCUCCCAUCGGGCCAACUUCUCCAGCACCUCCCCUGGGCUGAAACUGCAGGCAUCCAAAAGUUUCCACAAGGCCACCCUGAACAUGGAUGAGGUGGGCACCGAGGCCGUAGCAGCCACGGGCGUCUCCACCGUCUUCACCUCUGCCUGGCACACUCACCGAGUCCUCUGGUUCAACCGGCCCUUCCUGGUGGUGAUCUUCUCCACCAGCACCAAGAGCGUCCUCUUCCUGGGCAAGGUCGUCAACCCCACGAAGCCGUAGCUGCUGCAGGAUGCUGGUCUGUUAGGGAGCUCAGAGGAGAGGGAAAGGCCAGAGUCAGGGCAGAAGCCUCUGACAAGCGGUGGCGCUGGGUGGUACCGGGAUGGACACGGACUGGACACGAGGCUCCCCGGGGCUGUGAGACCUCGGGAAGACCAGCUAACCUCUAAAGUUUCUGCUGCUGUAAAGUGCAAGAAACCCUCCCGGCGUUGUUGUAGGGAUUAAACAAGACGGUGGCAUGAAGGCCAACUCCGUGCGCUACGUA